CCGCUGAGCUGCCGCCGCCGCCGCCGCCGCUGCCGCCGCCACCGCCGCGCCACAGUCCGCUGGGUGCCCUAGACCCUGGCCCCGCCGUGUGUGAGCACUCCUGCCGCCGCCCGGGCCAGAGCCGGGCCUGGUACACAAGAAUAGCCACCAGACAGCUGCCCUAGCACGCGUGGAGAGACACCGGUGGCCGGCGUACCCCGAGCGCGGAGCGGAGACCCGGGAGACCCGAGCAGGGCUCUGCAGACCGCACCCGGGUAGGGACUCAACCCGGAGAGGACAGAUCCUGGCCGGUGGCUGUAAAGUCAGGGGGUCAACAUGACUGAACGCUUUGACUGCCACCAUUGCAAUGAGUCUCUGUAUGGCAAGAAGUACAUCUUGAAGGAGGAGAACCCGCACUGUGUGGCCUGCUUCGAGGAGCUCUACGCCAACACGUGUGAGGAGUGUGGCACACCCAUUGGCUGCGACUGCAAGGACUUGUCCUACAAGGACCGGCACUGGCAUGAAGGCUGCUUCCACUGCUCCAAGUGCGGGAGCUCGCUGGUGGACAAGCCCUUCGCCGCCAAGGAGGAGCAGCUGCUGUGCACCGACUGCUAUUCCAACGAGUACUCGUCCAAGUGCCAGGAAUGCAAGAAGACCAUCAUGCCAGGUACCCGAAAGAUGGAAUACAAGGGCAGCAGCUGGCAUGAGACCUGCUUCACCUGUCAGCGCUGCCAGCAGCCCAUUGGAACCAAGAGUUUCAUACCCAAGGAGAACCAGAACUUCUGUGUGCCCUGCUAUGAGAAGCAGUACGCCCUGCAGUGUGUGCAGUGCAAGAAGCCCAUCACCACAGGGGGUGUCACUUACCGGGAGCAGCCCUGGCACAAGGAGUGCUUUGUGUGCACAGCCUGCAAGAAGCAGCUGUCCGGGCAACGCUUCACAGCCCGGGAUGAGUUUCCCUACUGCCUGACCUGCUUCUGUGACUUGUACGCCAAGAAGUGUGCUGGGUGCACCAACCCCAUCAGUGGUCUCGGUGGCACCAAGUACAUCUCCUUUGAGGAACGUCAAUGGCACAAUGACUGCUUCAACUGUAAGAAGUGCUCCCUGUCCCUGGUGGGGCGAGGCUUCCUCACAGAGAGGGAUGACAUCCUCUGCCCCGACUGUGGGAAGGACAUCUGAAGGCCGUGCAGCAGCCACAGCUUGUGUCUCAGAGAUUCUGGAAUUUUCUUUCGUAGCCAGGCAAUGCUGUGUUCCGGUUCCCACCAGCCACCCACGAGGCUUCCUCUCAAUGUCCCAGCUUCAUGUUCAUCGAAAUCCUUUAGUUAUCUGCGCCACUUCAGUUCCAGUGGGGACUGUAAACCCUGGCCGGGAGGAUGCCUUGGAAUUUUGUAGAAACGCAAGGCAGAUUACAUGAAAAAGUCCUCCCGAGUGUCUUUAAAAUGUAUCCUUCUUUCACUGCCUAUUUAAUUUUUAAGUGCAAUUAACAUUUGUUAUGAAUGUGUUUUCAAGGGAGAGCUGGGGUUUGCAGCUUUGUAAUGUCAGAGUAAGAUUUAUGUGACUGAGAAUAAACUUAUUCAGAAUAAAACCUUUGGCCCAGCA